UUAAUCAGUUACUAUUCCAAGAUCUUUUUCAAAAAUAGUAUAGUCAAGCUAGGUAUUCCAAAUAGUCUUGGAAAUUAAAAUAAAAAAUAAAUGAAUGCUAUUCAUCUGGAAAUUAGAAUUCAAUCAGGAAAUAUGGAGUAAUGUGCCUAAAUACUAUUUCUGUAAAAAGCUACUAUCUUCCUUAAUAUUUCAGGUAUAUAUUAUUUUGUUAGAACAACUAAAUGUAUUUACAUACUUAAAUACAUUUCACACAAAAUUUUAAAAUAUAUUUGAUAUACUUGAAAGAAUGGAUGCAAUUUAUGCCUGAAAGGAAAGGUUUCUAAUAAAAAUGUAAUUUAAGGCAAAAUUAAUAAGAAAACUGGUUGGAAAAUAUUUUGUCUACCUAUGAAAAUACUGCAUUUAUUUAAUAUUUUGUCUUAAUUUUUAGUUCAUCACUUGGAACCAGAAAAUCGGUGUCAGAAAUGUUAUUUUCACACAAUAAUGAAGUACCUUUACUGCACUUAGUGAGUUGGAGCUUGGGUUUUUUGCAUAUUUAUUUCAUUACUUUGAGUUUGUGGUCUUUUGAAGUGAAGUGUUUUGAAAGCAAAAUUUUUAGCAUCCAUACCUCAAAGCAUAUAUGUAUUAUAUAAUAUAUAUUGUUAUAUUUUGAACAUGAAUAUAAUAAAUUUUACUAAUAUAUACUAAUUCAUUUUUGUUUCAAAUUGUUCCGUUUCUAAAAUAAUAUUCAAGGGAUAAAAUUUAAUUAGUAAAAGCAAUUCAAGUUUCUACUGUGGUAAUUCUGAGGAAAAUUCUCAGGAAAGUAUUAUGUAAGCCAAAGAAGCACAGUAAAACUGAAAGCAAAAUUCAGCAUAGACUUUUUAAUAGAUUACAUCUCAAAGGAAUGAAAAGAGUGAUUCUCAUCAGUGCCUUUCCAAGAUGGAGAAAGAAAACAGUCUUGAGGAGAAAAGUUCUUUAAAUACGCAAGAAAUCAGCGAAGAGUGGUUUGAUGCUGCAGAGAACCCAACAACACUUGAGACAUCAGUUUUGUGUGCCAACCCUCUAGAGAGGUCUCCAACAGAAAUAAGGAAAAAAGAGUUGGAAAACAAUUAUUUUGUGCAUGUUGAUGGUCUGAAUCCUUCAGUAUCAGAGGUUGACCUUUGGCUUCAUUUCCAGAAGUAUAAUGUUUCUGAGGUUUUGGUUUGUGAGUAUUCUGAAAAUUACAGGUAUGCAGCUCUUACUUUUAAAACAGCCUGUGAUGCAAAGCUGGCCGUGCAAGAAAUGAAUGGGAGAGAAAUAAAAGGAAAAGCAAUGAAACUUCAUCUUAAAAGGACAAUUAAGGAAAAAGGAAUCCAAGAGAAUCAAAACUGCAUGAAAGAAAAAUGUGAAAAUCAAGGGCCACUUUCUAAAACGAGAAACAAAUAUCAGAACAACUCUGAACUGAUUUUGGGAGUUCCUGCUGCAAUCUCAGCUCCAUUCAUGCUGCCUCCAGAUGAUCCUUUCACUUUAAAAAUGUCUGAUGUCUCCAAAGAUGAUCUGAAGUCACCGUUGCCUGCUUUGCCAUUGGCAAAUGUUUUCCGACCUGCCUCGGGUUCUUCAGAAGUGCCCAAUUCUGACAUUAUAUUUUCUAAAUCUUCACCAAAAAAAGCAUCCUUUGAAGUAGACCAAGAGGAUAUUGCAGGCAGCCUCUUGCCAUUUGGCUCAGUACAGUUUACUCCAAAUCCAUCAUCUACUUUUAUAACUCCAAAUACAUUAAACUUAAGGAGUUUCCGCAAAGUAGUCAAGAAACUUGAAGAGUUACAUCCACAAAUUACUAGAGACAAUAUUUUGGCUGCUUUGAUGGAGAUAAAAGAAAACAAGAGUCAACUUAGUGGUUUGUCCUUAAGCACAAUUGUUCAAAUGACAUCAUCUCUCCUGAAUAAAAAAUGUACAUCACAGUCAGAAAAAAAGUAAUGUGACAAAUAAGUGAGUAUCUUGAAAAUGCAUUGAAAUGUAUGUUUUAGAAAUCUUGAGUUGUAAUGAAUUUCUACCCCUGCUACAGUUUGCAUUUAUAUCUUAAUGCUAAACAUUUUCGGAAAUACCGUAAAUGCCUAAUUAAUACAAGUGUUUUUUACUACUGUAAUAAUUAGCUUAGCGUCAAGGCAUAAAACUAUAGUUGUUCUAUAUGAUGCUGUUUUUA